AUGGGUGAAAGUCUACAAAGAAAUGAAAGUUUGGAUAUGAUUUUGAAUGUAAAGAGAGACGCCGCAGAAAAGUUGGAUGAAUCAAUGGUUGAAGAUCGUGUCCCUCUUUUGCAGAAGUUGGUAGCAGAGGUGGUGGGAACAUUCUUUUUAAUAUUUGUGGGAUGUGGUUGUGUAGUUGUAAACCUUAACAAUGAUAAUGUGGUGACACUUCCUGGAGUCGCAAUUGUUUGGGGACUCGCCGUCGUUGUAUUGGUGUAUUCUCUUGGUCAUAUCUCCGGUGCUCAUUUUAAUCCCGCUGUCACCAUUGCUCAUGCCUCUAGCAGAAGAUUUCCAUUGAUGCAGGUGCCAACAUAUAUAAUUGCUCAACUCCUUGGAUCAACACUUGCGAGUGGAGCUCUCAAGCUUAUAUUCAAUGGCAAAGAAAACCAGUUUGUGGGAACACUUCCUUCUGGUUCCGACCUUCAAGCUUUUGUGAUUGAGUUUAUAAUCACUUUCUACCUUAUGUUCAUCGUUUCUGGAGUUGCCACGGAUGAUAGAGCGAUAAGUGAAUUGGCGGGACUUGUAGUUGGAUCUACAAUUACUUUGAGUGUUUUGUUUGCUGGGCCAAUCACAGGAGCAUCAAUGAAUCCUGCGAGAAGUUUGGGGCCAUCUAUUGUGCACCAUGAAUAUAGAGGAAUAUGGAUAUAUUUGGUGUCUCCUGUUUUAGGAGCUUUGGCUGGAACAUGGACAUAUAACUUCGUCAAAUUUACAAACACACCAGUAGGUGGGCUUACCGAGAGUAAUUCAUUUCUUAAAGGUUCCAGAAGCCUGUGA